GCGGUGCAGCGGCGGCCGCUUGGAAGAUGGCUGCGCCCUGUGGCUCGGAGCUGCCCGCCAACUCGCCGCUAAAAAUCCCGAAGAUGGAGGUGCUCUCGCCGGCUUCUCCUGGUGGCUUGAGCGACGGAAACCCAUCGCUGUCCGAUCCUUCCACGCCUCGGGGUGCCUCCCCGCUCGGGCCAGGCAGUGCGGCGGGCUCGGGGGCAGCGGCGUCCGGGGGUCUCGGGCUGGGGCUGGGGGGCCGCAGCGCCGCCUCGUCCUCGGUCUCCUUCUCCCCUGGUGGCGGCGGUGGCGGGGCCGCGGCAGCCGCCGCCGCCUGCCGGGGCAUGUCCUGGACGCCGGCCGAGACGAACGCGCUCAUCGCUGUGUGGGGCAACGAGCGGCUGGUGGAGGCGCGGUACCAGCAGCUGGAGGGAGCCGGCACGGUGUUCGGCAGCAAGGCCCCGGGGCCAGCCAUGUACGAGCGCGUGUCCCGGGCCCUGGCCGAGCUGGGCUACGAACGGACCCCGUCCCAGUGCCGGGAGCGCAUCAAGACCCUUCGCAGGUGUUACAGUCGGGUGAAAGAACAUGGUGUUGGGAAAAGAAAGAGCAGUUACACAUUUGAACAGUUGGAACAGGUGUUUGGUCAGGGAGGAUGGGAUGCUCAGCCCUGCCAGCCUGUACUUAUUAACAGUAGUGGCUUGUACCAGGAGCUGGAGUCAGAUGGCAGCACUAUGGAGGACUAUUCACAGGAGGACUGGGGAAACCACAGUCAGGAUCUCCAUGGCUAUCCAACAGAUCAGGAAUUGGAUGAAAUACCUGUUACAAAGAGAACAUUAAAAAUAAAACAAGAAUCUUCUGAAGAAGCACAGAAAAGAGACAUUAUGCAGAACAUUGUACAGAUUUUGGAAUCAGUACAGUUGAAAUGGGAACUGUUUCAGAGCUGGACAGACUUUUCGAGGCUCCAUCUUUCCAAUAAACUUGCCAUUUUUGGAAUUGGUUAUAACACACGCUGGAAAGAGGAGAUCCGUUAUCAUUAUGCUGAGAUCAGCUCCCAGGUGCCCCUGGGCAAGCGACUUCGGGAAUAUUUCAACUCUGAGAAGCCUGAGGGACGGAUUAUUAUGACCCGAGUGCAGAAAAUGAACUGGAAAAAUGUUUACUACAAAUUUUUAGAGAUCACUAUUAGUGAAGCCAGGUGCCUGGAGCUACACAUGGAAAUUGACUGGAUACCCAUUGCCCACUCCAAACCAACUGGUGGGAACGUUGUUCAGUAUUUAUUGCCAGGGGGCAUCCCUAAAAGCCCUGGCCUUUAUGCCAUUGGCUAUGAAGAAUGUAUUGAGAGGCCCCUCUCGCCUCACGUGGAGCGGCGUUCUCUGGACCCAGGAAAAGAGGGCCGAGUUGACCUGGAAACGCUUUCCACACAAGCCUCGUUACAGGUGGAAAUAGAACCCACCCGCAUCACCUAUUGCUACCUCGGGAUUGCUGAGGUCAGGACUCUGCAGCAGUGUUUAUUUUUACAUUUCCAAGCAAAUACCAAAACCUUCAGCAAAGAUUGGGUUGGUAUCAAUGGGUUUUUGUCCCAGAACUGUAUUGUAGAUCCUGGAGUUUCCCCUAAAUCUAUCUAUAUCAAAUUUGUAGAAGUAGAGAGGGAUUUUCUUUCUGCCGGCUCUCUAGUUGAGUGCCUGGAAAAAGCCAUUGGAUAUCCCUUAAAGUUUAACAACUGAGUGUCAUCCAUCCUUCAUAAGGAUUCGGGCUCUUACCUCCCUCCUGUCUACUCACCUACCAUUACCCUAGACCAGCCCUCAUCCAGAUGCUGCCAGCAGACUCUUCAUGGAAACUGUUUCCAUAACUGGGCCAGUACAACUUCUAAGGAGUCGGUCAUAACAAACUCUGGGCAGAAAAAAAAACCCAGACCUCACCUGAAAUGCUCACUUUUUGAGCAAGCAAGAGAUACAGCAAACUUGCAUGGUGGGUCAGCUGUUCUCUCUCUCUUUUUUUUUUAAUAAAAAAGAUUUUUACAUGGAUUUUAGAGCCCUAAUAUAAACAAAUGUAGGUACAUUCCAUAUUGGACAAAACUUACACUUUUGAGUUUCAUACGAAAUGGGAAAAUUGUAUUUUUUUCACAAUGUUUCAUUUUUACACAUCUCUGUCUCUAUAUAAGUGUUAUUUACAACCUUGAAUAAAUAAGCAAUAGAUAAUGGAAAGUUAAGUCUUGAAUCACAGUAAGGAAGACUGUUUUUCAAUACCACCCUUAGCUAUGAUUGUAUAUAAUUUAGAGUUUCAUUUUUUGCACCAGCCAAGUGUUUUGCUAUUUCCAAUCAGUAUUGCCUGCAAUGACCUUUGUUUCUGUGAUGUACCAAUUUUAUGGUUGUGUUGCAUUUAAAUGUUUUUUUUAAAAAAAAAAAAACAAAAUUAAAGUAAUUCUUGGCC